UAUUUUCCACUCAGUUUCUCGCGGUUUAAAAUGGCGGCGUUGAGCAGCGCCGAGUCCCCACCGGCCGUCUUCAACGGAGACAUCAUGAACCGCAAUCCGGCGCGGGACCCGGGACUGGACGAUCUGGGUGCGGGGCUCGAAGCCGCCUGUCCCGGAGGAGCGGCGAUGCCCGAAUGUCAACAAGACAUUCCCGAGGAGAUAUGGAACAUCAAACAGAUGAUUAAGCUAACUCAAGAGCACAUAGAAGCCCUUUUAGAUAAGUUUGGGGGAGAACACAAUCCACCAUCUAUAUACCUGGAGGCCUAUGAGGAAUACACAAGUAAGCUGGAUGCAUUACAACAGCGGGAACAGCAGCUUUUGGAGGCCAUAGGGAAUGGGACAGAUUUUUGCUCCUCGCCAACCCCCACCCUGAUGGAUGUGAAGGGGCAGUGCUUCCAGAGCAUUCCCUCUGCUCCAAACAACUUGGCUGUCCUGCAGACCCCCACUGACGCAACACGAGGCAAUCCCCGCUCACCCCAAAAACCCAUUGUAAGGGUUUUCCUGCCCAACAAACAGAGGACGGUGGUCCCAGCUCGUUGUGGGAUGACUGUGAGAGACUCGUUGAAGAAGGCUCUGAUGAUGCGAGGGUUGAUCCCAGAAUGCUGCGCGGUCUACAGGAUUCAGGAUGGGGAGAAGAAGCCCAUUGGCUGGGACACAGACAUUUCCUGGUUGACGGGAGAGGAGCUUCAUGUUGAGGUUUUAGAGAAUGUGCCACUGACGACCCAUAAUUUUGUGCGAAAGACUUUCUUCACGCUGGCCUUCUGUGAUUUCUGCCGGAAGCUGCUGUUUCAGGGAUUCCGCUGUCAGACUUGUGGCUACAAGUUCCACCAGCGCUGCAGUACAGAGGUCCCACUCAUGUGUGUCAACUACGAUCAGCUGGAUUUACUGUUGGCAUCAAAAUUUCUGGUGCAUCACCCCAUUACCCAGGAGGAGUUGUCAUCAGAGGGCACGACCCCUGUGUCAGAGAUGUGCCCCUCCCUCCCUCCAUCCACUGGGUCUCUGUGCCAUCCUACUGUGUCCCCAUCCAAAUCCAUUCCUAUCCCACAGCCCUUCAGACCCGGAGAGGAGGACCACCGCAACCAGUUUGGCCAGAGGGAUCGCUCUUCCUCCGCCCCUAACGUGCAUCUCAACACCAUUGAACCGGUCAACAUCGAUGAUUUGAUUCGUGAUCAAGGCUUACCAAGGUCAGAUGGAGCCCCCUCGCAACACCCAGCCCGCUGCUUGAGGAAGAACCGAACAAGGACCUCAAGCCCCCUUCUGUCCUCUCACCCCAAUGACAUUGUCUUUGAUUUUGAGCCUGAGCCAGUGUUCAGAGGCUCCACAACAGGCCUGUCGGCCACACCUCCUGCCUCCCUUCCUGGUUCCCUGACCAAUGUGAAGUUGUCGAAAUCACCGUGCCAACCGAGGGAGCGGAAGCCAUCGUCUUCAUCUGAGGACCGCAAUAAAAUGAAAACUCUGGGUCGACGGGACUCAAGCGACGAUUGGGAGAUCUCAGAGGGUCAGAUCACCCUGGGUCAGCGGAUAGGGUCUGGUUCCUUUGGAACAGUCUACAAGGGAAAGUGGCAUGGUGAUGUGGCGGUAAAGAUGUUGAAUGUCACAGCUCCCACUCCACAACAACUACAGGCCUUUAAGAAUGAAGUGGGUGUCCUCAGGAAAACCCGCCAUGUGAAUAUCCUGCUUUUCAUGGGCUACACCACCAAACCCCAGCUGGCUAUUGUUACACAGUGGUGUGAAGGCUCAAGUCUCUACCACCACCUGCACAUCAUCGAGACCAAGUUUGAGAUGAUCAAGCUGAUUGACAUCGCCCGCCAAACAGCUCAGGGCAUGGACUAUCUGCAUGCCAAGUCCAUCAUCCAUAGAGAUCUGAAGAGCAACAAUAUCUUCUUGCACGAGGACCUGACAGUAAAGAUUGGUGAUUUCGGUCUGGCUACAGUGAAGUCCCGCUGGAGUGGCUCACACCAAUUUGAGCAGCUUUCUGGCUCGAUCUUGUGGAUGGCUCCGGAGGUGAUCAGACUGCAGGAUAAAAACCCUUAUAGUUUCCAGUCAGAUGUCUACGCAUUUGGCAUAGUGUUAUAUGAGCUUAUGUCAGGGGCUCUGCCUUACUCAAACAUCAACAACAGAGACCAGAUUAUCUUUAUGGUUGGCCGGAGUUACCUGUCCCCCGACCUGAGCAAAGUGCGCAGUAAUUGCCCCAAGGCCAUGAAAAGACUUAUGGCAGAUUGUCUGAAGAAGAAGAGAGAGGAAAGACCACUUUUCCCUCAGAUCCUGGCCUCCAUUGAAUUAUUGGCACGCUCUCUGCCCAAGAUCCACCGCAGCGCCUCUGAGCCAUCCUUGAACCGCGCUGGCUUCCAGACGGAGGAUUUCAGCUUGUACGCCUGCGCUUCCCCCAAAACGCCCAUUCAAGCUGGUGGCUAUGGUGAAUUUUCAGCAUUUAAAUAGUGCUGCACAUCCUCAAACUCCCUCCCUUGUCACUUUUUAUGACGUCUCGUGUUCCUACGGUGGGUUCAUCCAUAAACGCAGAAAAGGACUUGUUUCAAAGAAUGUGCUGUUUUCUUCCUCUUUACCCGAAGAGCUACGGCCUCAAUGGAAUUGCUUUUUUUUUAAAGGACUCUGCAAAGUGUCAUUGCUGAUUUCACAAAAAUGUCAUAAACAGAAAAUAGGACAGCUCAAAGCAGCAUUAAAUACGAAUGACUGAUAUGCGAAACAAAACCAUGGUUACUGGGAGCGGAGGCAAAAACAAAAAUCGUUUGUAGUGGGGAAAAAUUCUUACCCUGAAAAAAAGGAGGCGCGAGUUUGGGUUUUGCUGCCUGUGAAGAGGAAAGACUGAAAUAGCACAGUGAUUUUGGGAGCAUAAGCCCCGCUUUUGCUCUGCCCCUUGAGGGGAAGAACACACAGCACUGGCUAACCAGAAAACAUGGUCCAUGUUUGGACCAGUGGCAAGUGAUGGAAAAAAAUCCUUCAUUGGACGACAUAAAGGGGAGGACGUCAGCUCGCAGCCAGUCGUGGAGAAGUGCUGAAUGUCAGGCGAUAACUUGAAUGAUAUUAAGAAAUGUUUCUUCCUCUUACAGUGAAUUUAUUACCAGUGAUGUUGCCUAUGGCUGGAGUUGCUAAUAAUACACGUUUCUCUGUCUUUUGGCCUUUUGUUUUCUCCUGGGUCUUAAGUUGUAGAUAGACUGACUCGGGAUGUUUCUUUCUACAGAUAUGGUUUGUGAGCAAGGGUAAAUGAAGCAAGCAUAGAAAGGUCACUGACCUCUUGACCAGCUAUUCUAGAAUUGAACAUUAGGAGAUUUUCUAAAUUCCUGUAGAAUUUUUUUUUUUUUUUUUUUUCAACAAGGCAAUCUCCAAGGAAUCUAGUAGCUUUUUAAUUUUAUAUAACUAUAUCAGAGAAACCAGAUUAAUCGAUAAAUGCACCACACAAAGAACCCCGGGUAAAUAUACUGUAUUUAGCCUCUGUUUAGAAGUGCAUUUCUGGGGUGGAUAAAAAAUACUUGAAAGCUGUUUCUGUGUUCCUAAAGGAUGCCUUGUGGUAGCUCAAGUUAAUUUUCUGAAUAAGGCACUCUUCAUUAGAGCUGUCAAAGGUAAUAUUAUUUGACUCUGAAGUUGCUUGUAGAACAAAAACCCAAUGUAUAAAGCAAACACGAUGCCUUAUGAAUUUCAGGUGUGGGCGAAGUAUUUCUGUACUUGUAUUUCACUGCAAGUUUCAAGUUUAUGCUUUACUGUUGUUAUGAGAAGCCAUUCCUUUGAGGCCCAAAUGGUUAAAUGAAGUUAUUUUUGUUCCAUUCGGAAAUCCCAAUGGACCUUGCAUCACUGGCGUUCAUUCUGAUACAUUCGUUCACGGGUCAUGGCUUUUUUUUAUCGUUGUUUUCGUGUUACAGACAGGCAGGCCUGCAAAGUUACAUUAAUUUAUAUUGCUUUAAUUUUAUUACUUUUUGUUUAGUGUUUCAAAACCUUUGGAGUGGUGUGUGUAUAUAUGCAGUAUAUAUAUAUAUUUUCUCUCACUCGUUCUGUGAUCGCUGAAAUGGACAUUUCAAGCAGUGUGUCUGCACUUUGUAAAAAUGACUGAUUCAGAUAAGCAAUUUGCCUUUUUAAAGACUAAUAUAUUUUGUCAUAUUAAGAGGAUGAAGCAUGGAUUAAAGGAUUCCAAAACGAAAAGCUAGGUAGGGCCAUGGGACACUAAAAACCAAAGCUUGAUCCAACAUCCUUACGCCAUCUCCGUCCACCUUCGCUAUUGCUGGACAACUGGAUCUUCAACCAAAUUGUUUCACCCUAUGAUUUCCAUAGACCUCCUGAGCUCCCGUCCAACUCGCAUAGUAUCGAAACACUGACGCUUUGUUUUUACGUGAACAAAGUGGUCUAAAGCUUUGGGCCGUGGUGACUCUAGCACUGUGUAGCCCUAAAGUUCUCCUGGACACUCUAGACGUUGGACAUGCCCUCGUUUGGAAUAAAUCAGUGCUUUUUUGUUACUUUGGCCUCUUUGUAUUGAAACCUGCUCUUGCGUCAGUGGCUCCGCUGCCACGGCCUCCUUUUUCUUGUAUGAAACUAAAAAAUACAAAUACACAAAAUGCUCGAUAAUACACAGAUUACCGAGGCUCUGCACUUGAUCCGCCAUUUGCGCUCCGUUACAAAAGCAAAGACACGCUUCUUGCUUCUAUUCAGAAGGAUUUAAUUAUUUAUUUUGUUUCUUUUCAAUUAUUUUUAUAAGAAAUUUCAAGGGUUAUGCUCUGUGAAUCGGUUAUUUGUUUAACACGCCACUUACACUUGCCCUUAAGAGGAGUGCAAGUUUCAGCUUCAUGACCCUGUUGGUUGUGGCAGUGGUCACUGUCCUGACAUGUACAGGAUAGACAUUUAAAUGGAGUUGGAGUGCCCCGUAUGUUGUGGGCUAAACAGUUCUCAAAUUAAGCUGGCAAACCUAACAUGGGUUGCGUAUAGAGAUGUAUUUUAAGAGUGCUGUAUUUAUUUUCUAUGGGAAUGUAACUGAAGAAGGUCUGUAUUUCGUAGGAUUGCACCUUGUCUCUGGACUACUUGGGGACCUGCUUUGAGAUCUCUCUCUCUCUGUGUAUCCUCUAAACCAAUUUUCCUCCAAUCUUUUCUUUUGUUUUUCAUAAAUUAGUUUCAUCCAAACCCCUUUUUAUUCGUUUUGCUUUUUAAGUCCCUAACUGGUCCUUCAACAGAAAACAAAACCUCCAUGUCACAUUCCUUUCUGUUGCCUUGCCUGCACUUUAAACCCCAGUGUAAGUACUUUCAAGUGAGAACUGUCAUACAGAUGUUUUGGGAGACUCUUUUCACCUGUAAAUAGCUGUACAAAGAAAGUACUGUCCGUUUGCUAGGAGGCAUGGAGCUAAAAACAAUGAAAUGACUUCAAAUGUUUCAACUUAAGAAAUAAAGGUUAAGAAAAGACAUUUUGAUAGAUGAAAUUCUGAGAAAAUAUUUCUGUGUAAAAAUAUUUAAAACUGUAUUAUAUAAAAGGAAAAAGAGCUUAAUGUAUUUGAUGUGAAUAUGAAAAACUGAUAUAUUAAAGACAUGCAUGAAAACUGU